UAAAGUCUUGUUUCGCGAGUUCAACUAGUAUUCUUCAGUUUUCAUUAAACGCAAUCAUGUUCUCGUGUAGUAUUUGUGAUAAGACAUUUACUAGGAUCGGUAGUCUACACAGACAUACCAAGUCACACGAUGUAUCCAAUACGAUUUCAYGMAGUUUAUGCUCAGAAAUAUUCACACGAAGAGAUAACCUCAUAAGACAUAGUUCAAGCAUUGUAAUUCAACAAGAACCAACCAUMACCAAGCGAGAAAUUCAAGAUUUCUUUAAACCAGCUGAACAUAUUUACGAUUAUAAUGGUAAAUAUAUCAUUCAUAUGUUUAUUCACCUCCUAUGAUAUAACAAUAAUAUAAAUAUAUGUAUAAUAAAAUAAUUUUAU